AUGGAUGACCUGCAAGUUAUAAGCGGGCUGGCGCAUGAACUGUCCGAUCUUGAACUGGCUCUGCUUAUCUGCUUGGGUGGUCAGGAGCACUGUUUGAUCGAGGCUACUGAGGGCAACAUCCAUGACGUCGCGGCGGAGCUUGCCUUGAUCUGCUCUCACACCUAUGGCCUCACAUGCACAAUCGUGGAAUUCUCAGAUACGACAUCUCUCGAGGAUUUCCGUGACCAAGUUUGUUCACACUCGCGCAAUAAGCCAGCGAGCAUCGUCGAUGUUGUUAUCGCCAAAAACUUUGACCAUGCGCCUGAAAGUAUACAGGUCGAAGCCCUCGAGUUGAUGCGGUCGAGGAAGCUUACGACAGGAGGCAACGUCCUCGAAGCUUCAACGCAUUUCUUGUUUAUCCCUAUUGUAGUCCGUGACUCCGCGCAAGUUCGGCCAAAGCUCAACGCGCAUCUAAACGAUAACCUAUUCAUAUCGCACUUCCACGACUCCGAGGACGGGUAUGUCUAUCUAGAAGAAGACGAUUGGAUGUCUGAAGGACAGGAAUCUCUAUCUUCUGUCGUCCGUAGACCACGGACCCAAGAUACAGCUCAUUCAAGCAUUGACCACGAGCUCCUAGACGCCCUUCAUAGCCUCAGCAAGACGGUUAAAGCAACUGCAGAGCUCGUCCGCUACCAGCAGGACAUCGUUGUCUUUCUCCGUCUUAGUCGCGCAGUCGCAGGCGGUAUAUCCGCGCGGUCCAGCAUCCAGUUCUCGAAACUAGCCAAGUACGAUAACUAUCUCUCUCACAGGAUGUCGCAAUAG